AUGGCAUACAAUGUUAAACGUCAGUCAGCUCAUUCAGAUCAUGGACGCAACAGCGGGCGUGAUGAUGGACUUCCUCUUAGUGUGUUUCAUCGCACAACGAUUGUCAACGAAUUAGACGAAGAAAAUUCAGAGGACACCCUAAUAAAUGCAAUUAGUGAUUUGAAUCUAACUGAGGAGAAUAAUAUUAGUCAGACUUCAGCCACAACAAAUAGUUUAAAUGUGAAUUUAGUAGAUAUGUAUAAUCCUAUUAUUGUUGGGACAUGUAACGUAUCAUGGCGUUUACCUAAAGAGCAUAUGAAUAUUGAAAACUAUAAAAAAUGUUUGCGUAUUCCGGGUGAACCACCGCGUUACUCCCCACCGACACAUAUACCAUUUAGUUUACCAUCCGCUCGAACAAUUUAUAUUCAAUAUCCUCCAACCAGCCUUCUACCGUUACUAAUCACAGCUUCCACUUGUAAUGUUAAUAUUAGUAAUUAUAACUUUGUUACUGAACGUGGUAAUUUCAAUAAAAUAAUGAUGUGUGAUGAAAUGUACAGUAUUGGUAUCAUCAAAAUUGAUAAUACCAUUUAUCUCCGUCGAUAUGUUGAACGAAAAAAUAUGAAUAAAGGCGAUAUUGGUUUUCAGUUUGAAAAAGUUUGUACGCAUUCUGCAUCCUUCACAUCUUCAACGGAUUACUAUAAUUUAAUCUCAGGUAAAAUUGGUCAUUUUAACGUAUUAUUAUUAGCUGAAACCGAUGCCAUUGAUACAAAUACUGAACGAUAUUUGGAAUUAAAAUGUUCAACUCGUCAAAAUAAACGAAAACUGUGGACUCAAUCAUUUUUAGGUGGUAUUACAUCAAUUAUAAUUGGUAGACGUUCGUCGGAUAAUCAACGAAUUGAUUCAUUACUUGAACAUAAAACGGAUGAACUUCUUGAAAUGAAUAAUAAAGAAAAACUGAUGAGACAUUUAUAUAAAAUCUUAAAUUUUCUUUCGACAAAUGUUGAAGAAAAUCAAGUGUAUCUAUUUUCAAGAUUUCGAGUAUUAAAAGGUGUUAGUGAAUACAAUCAGAAUAAAUCUUCGUAUAGAUUAAAAUUAUGUCGUAUUACUUCGGAACAAGACCUAGACAAAUAUACAUUUAUGACCAAAAGUCUUUUAAGUCAAUUGCCUGUACCGCUUAAUUAA